AUGUGCAUCACAUGCUCGUCCGUAGUGAUCUUUGGCAGAAAGUGUCGCUACUGCCGUGACGUCGUACACAAGGGCUGCCGUGCCGACGCGCCACCCACGUGUGGCCUACCACGCAAGUACCUCGAGUACUUCACCGAACUCAUCACGUUCCCCAACGACCACACUCCCAGGACCCUUGUGCUGGGUACAGGAGGAG